GAACACAACAGAGUGACUGUGAACAUGGACACGUAAGAAUAUGAAGGUGGAUCAACCUGUUUACUCUGUAUUACAUCUACACCAGUGAACACCAACAACCCGGAAGUACCUGGACUUCACACUGACUGUGGUCCUCCGUCCAUGUGCUACAUUUAUACACAUACACAUCAGGGUCCAAUUCAUCAUCAGAAAUAUCACUUUGGGACAAUUUGCAGAAGCCGAACUACCCAACAUUUGUUUAAAUGGGAAAUUCAGUGGGGCAGAACAGCAUGGGAAUUCCUCGAGGAAAAGGACCACACCAGGUGGGAUGCACAGACUUAAUGGUGGGACACACAGUACAGGGAACCUUCUUCAGACUUUACUAUCCAUGCCAAGCUCUAGACGGUUCGGAUGAGCCAAACUGGGUCCCAUGCAGAGAAUACUUCAUUGGCCUUGCUGACUUCAUGAAAAUGAGCCGAGCACUGGGUGACAGAAUUUUUAACUACCUCUUUGGGUCUUACAGGAUCCCAGCAGCUUGGAAUGCCCCUUUUAAAACAGAUGGGAAAUACCCAGUAAUUAUUUUCUCUCAUGGUCUGGGAGCAUUCAGGACACUGUAUUCAGCAAUAUGCAUUGAGUUGGCCUCAGAGGGCUUUGUUGUUGCCGCUGUGGAACACAGAGACGAAUCUGCCUCAGCAACCUUCUACUACAAAGAGAACAGUGAAGUGAAUCAAAGCCAUCAGACACAACGGGAGGCAUUCCAGCCUGUGUCGGGUAAUUUGGUGGAGGAGUGGAUGUACUACAGACGACUAAAAACAGGCGAGAGUGAAUUCCUUCUAAGAAACAAUCAAGUGAAACAAAGGGCAGAUGAGUGCAUAAGAGCUUUGGAUCUUCUUAUCGACAUUAAUUUAGGAAAGUCUGUGGAAAAUAUCCUACGCUCUGAUUUUGACUGGUCAAAAUUGAAGAACUGUAUGGAUUUGUGUAAAAUAGUGGUCAUGGGCCAUUCCUUUGGUGGGGCUACAGUGAUCCAGUGUUUGUGUAAGGAAGUCAAGUUUAAGUGUGGCAUCGCGUUGGACACAUGGAUGUUUCCCCUUGAUGAAGAAAUCUUUCCAAGUGUGAAACAGCCAAUUUUUUUCAUUAACUCCGAGAAGUUCCAGUGGGCCGGGAAUAUUAUGCUCAUGAAGAAAUUGGAUUCUCCCGUCAUUCCAAGAAAAAUGAUCACCAUCAAGGGGGCUGUGCAUCAGAGCUUCCCAGAUUUCACCUUUCUCACCGGUAACUGGAUCGGGAAGCUUCUGAAGCUGAAGGGAGAAAUUGAUCCUAACAUAGCAAUGGAUUUGUGCAACAGAGCAUCGUUAGCAUUCCUUCAACGACACUUAUCUCUGGAGAGAGACUUCAAUCAGUGGGAUCAUUUAAUUGAUGGAAAAGAUGACCACCUGAUUCCAGGCACCAACAUCACUCUGCUUCAGUCCUCCAUCUAAUCAUUGGUUAAAAAACAAAUGACUGUAUGAACAACAAAUGAAAAAUGCAUAAUGACUCUUCAGAAUCAUAUUUUUCUGUUGUUAUACAGCAAACACACAGAGAUAAAGAUAUAAUCCCAGCAUAUUACAUUGCUGAAGUAAAGUUCAUUUAAAUUAUUUUUUUUUUUGGAAUGUGGUGUAUGAAAACCUGAGGUUAGAUCAGGUGAAUCGUAAAUAUUUGAUAUAAGAGAUUUUUUUUAAUUGAUUAAAGUACAGAUUCUUAAACAGUAAGCAGUUAAAGGAAGUUUUUCAAAAACUUUCUGAAGUUUACAUUUUACUGUUACAGCUGGUCUUGUACUUUUUACAGCAAUGGGAAACUGCAUUAAUCUGUUAUUACAAGCAUCAUGUUUUCCUUAUUGAAUAUUAAUAUCUGUGAUGCUCCUCUCACUCGUUUUCUACCGCUUAUCCGAACUACCUCGGGUCACGGGGAGCCUGUGCCUAUCUCAGGCGUCAUCGGGUAUCAAGGCAGGAUACACCCUGGACGGUGUGCCAACCCAUCGCAGGGCACACACACACACUCAUUCACUCAUGUCUGUGAUGCUGCUGUUCCUGUAAAUUUAACAGUUCACAGGUAGACGGUUGGUACUGAACUAAUCAGACAGCCUGAAGAUUCAGCCUUAAAUUAUCUAUAAUGUUAUCUGUGUAAAGCCUUCACACUACAAAAUGCUCAAUUAAUAACUUAAGCCAUGUAUUUUAAUAUGUUUUUAAUCGUCACUUGUAUUGGAUAAAAAUGAUGCUGAGGUGCUAAUUCACUACGGGAAAUUAAACAUUGUAACACUGACACAUGAAAGGCUGACUACUAAUUACAGAUUCUUCAUGCUCGAUUUUUUUUUGUAUAAUUUACAUUAAAAUUUAUAUUAAUGUACAUUUCUCAUAUGGUUUUCACUUUUUUCUUCCUUUGUACUAGUCUACAAAAGUAGAUAACUGGGCAAUAACAAAACACAGAAUAAAAGCUUUUGGGCAUUGUUUAAUCUCAAAA